AUGCCGCACGGUCUAACAGUGUUAACAGCAACAAUGACGGGAGGAGCAGUAGGAGGAUCAACAGCUGCAGGAACAGCAGCUUGCUGCGGUGGCUGGUGCCCCUGGUGCCCAACAGCAACAGCAGCAGCAGGUGCUCCUGCUGCUGCUGCAGGUGCACCUGCUGCAGCAGGUACUGCUGCAGCGGCAGCAGCACCCGCUGGUGCUGCAGCUGUACCGGCUGCUGUAGGUGUUCCUGCUGCUGCUGCAGCACGUGCUGCAGCAGGUACAGGUGCAGCAGGAUUAGGUGCAGCAACAGGAGGAAUUGGAGGUGCAACAGCAGCAGCACCUGGUGCUGCUGCUCCUUUGCUGCCUGGAUUUGGUGCUGCAGCAGCAACUACAGGUAGCAGCACAACUACAGGUGCAGCAGCAGCAGCAGCACCGCUGCUGCAGCAAGCAAUGGGUGUUGUUACAGGUUUGCUGCUGCUGCCACAAAAAACAUCUUCUCUUCUAUCUAAGAUGAGACAGCAGCAGCAGCAGCAGCAGCAGCAGCAGCAGCAGCAGCAGCAGCAGGAAGCAGAUGAUGAGGAGACAGUUGCUAGUGAUGGAGAAAUAUCCCCAAAGACAACACCAACAACAGCAACAGCAUCAUCAACUACAGCAGCAGCAAAAACAGCAGCAGCAGCAGCAAAAACAGCAGCAACAGCAGCAACAGCAGCAGCAGCAGCAGCAGCAGCAAAAAUAGAUCAAAGAAGAAUACGUAAGAUGAGUAAGCAGCAAAAAGAAGAAAGACAAUUUGCUGUCUUAUCUGCACGCAGUACUAAGGCUUAUGGACAAUUCCUCUAG